CCGAAUAGAACACACUUAGAGGAAGUUGCAUCAUGCUGAGGGAAAGGAAGUAGAUUCUGCGGCUCUCAAAACUUGUGAAGUUGUGAGCGCGAGAACAGAAGAAGAGCGGAUCCCGAUCAUGGUGUUCAAAUGGAUUCAGAUCGUCUUGUUUCUUGCAGCACUGCUUCAGAUCCCAGCAGCAGCAGUUGAAGCAAAAACCUUCUACUCCACUGUCAGAGUUGGAGAUGACACCACUUUGCCUUGUGACGAUCUGUUAGAGGGUCAGCAGAACUGUGAAGGAACUGACUGGCGCUUCCUUAACUCAGCAAACGCUGAGUCAGUGCUGCUGGUUCGCCGUGGGCAGGUUGCAGAAGAUGCUGGAGCUACAUCAGGCAGACUGAGCGUCACAGAGGACUGUUCUCUGGUUGUGAAGAAGGUCACAGAGGAGGAUGCUGGUCAAUACCUCUGUCAACAGUUCAGACCAGGAGGACCAGAAGGAACUGAAGCUUUUGUUAUUAUGUCUCUUCUGAGCAUGAUUGAAACGAAGAACGGUGAUGAUGCGACCUUGUUCUGCUCUCUGACGACACAUGCAGAGUGUACGCUCAGAGUGAAGUGGCUGUUUCAGGGAAUAGAAGUGAGAGGACAAAGUGUGAGGACAUCACAGCGUCUCUGCUACGCCUUUGCGGUCUUUCCGUCUGAUCACCACAUGUACAAAUCGAGACGUGACUCCCUGCAGUGUGAAGUGACUGCGGGUGACAAAGUGCAGACGUUUCGCUUCAGUCUUCAGCCCUCAGCUCCAAGACCAACUGAAGACGGACUGACAGCAGAGACCACACCAGCGUCUGAAAACGAACCUUCAGGUGUGAGAGAUUGUAGAGGUUGUUCUGGUCUGGACUUCAUCAUGUUGUCUCUGCGUGUGGCUGAACUGGUCCUCAUCACUCUGCUCACUGUUCUUCUCUUCAGAGCUCGAGGGAACCAGAGACCUCCUGAUGAUAUCACUGUGCGUUAUGAUGGAGAUGACGACACAGUGAACUGUGAGAACGCUGGAGAGCCUUCUGCUUCAGUCAGACUCCACUGA